UCAACGCACCUGACAGCAAUUGGUUUCCCGCUGGUUAAUACUCUGCUAGCUUGUAGUUUUUCCUCAAAAUUAUGCCGAAGCUGGUCAAAAAUACAGUUUCCACGAACCUCUUCGCGGUGGUUCUGCUUUAUGUGGGAUGUAGUGCAAAAACUUCAGACCUUCUUAAAGUGAAAUGCGGAGAAGUCGAGAUGACGAUAACCGUUAACCGACUGUUUUUCGAGGAGAGAAAUGUUCCGUUUAAGCCCGAGUAUCUUCGACUUGGAGCAAACUCAUCAAAACUGAAUUUCUGUGGACCAGAGGCACAAAUGUCAGAGUCAGAAAUGGUCAUAACUGCUGGAUUACAAGAAUGUGGGGCCCAGUCCAGUGUUCAUGGUGAUUGGCUUGUCUUUACCAACCAGCUUGUGCUGUUUCCUGCCUUGGUUUCCACCAAUAUAGGAGGUCUUUUAGUAAGAGUUGUCAUACCUUUUGAGUGCCAUUAUAAAAGAAAGUGGACCGUGAGUGGAGAACCAUUAACCCCAACCUGGCAACCCAUGACAUCAACAAUUAGUGCAUUUGGCCUCUUGCACUUCUCCCUUCGUACAAUGAAAGAUGGCUGUUCCUCCAUACAUAGUUCCUCAGUGUAUCAACAAGGGGAGACUCUAUUUUUGGAGGCUAGUAUUGAAGCCCCGCUGCACCCUCCUCUUACUCUUUAUGUUGACUACUGUGUUGCUACAUUGAAACCUGAUCCUCUCUCCAUGCCAAGCUACAAGUUCAUCUCCAAGCAUGGAUGUCUUAUGGACAGUAUGCUGCCAGGCUCGUCAUCAAAAUUCUUCCCCCGGAAGCAGGAUAACAGAAUAUGCUUCAGUGUCCACGCUUUCCAAUUUAACAAGGAGUCUGUGAACCAGAUGUUCAUCAGCUGUCACCUAAGGGCAACUCUCAAACAAAUCCCACGCAGCUAUCGUGAUAAAGCAUGCUUCUUUCAAAAACCCACUUUCAGGUGGAGCUCAACAGAGGGAGACAAUGCUUUGUGUGAGUGCUGUGACUCUGACGACUGCUUUAGUCACUCUGAAGAAAUCCACACCACUGCUGGUGACAGACCUAAGGCAGAUGCAGAGAGGAGGCAGGAGGCAGAUGCAACAGUCGGGCCAAUUCACAUCCUUUCACGGUCCCACUGGACUGGGAGUUUGUUGGUCAACCACCAGGGGACCCAUCACCAACCAAACAAAUAGGUCACUGGAUGUCUUUACCAGCUGCUCAUGUUUGCAUCUGCUGUUAUUUUUAUACUCCUAUUCUACACAAGCAUACUUGGGGACUACUACUACUACUACUACUACUACUUUAUCAUAUAUUUGUAAUCCUAGAUUAUUCCUACCCUGUUAAU